CUUGCUGCUGGGAGAACUCGUGGUGGAACUUGUUUUUCUUUUCUUUUUUUUUCUUGUCCACGUCUAGGAUCGGUCAGCUCUCCGUCCACAUUCCUCGUGUUUCCAUCACCUCCCGUCUGGUAUCUCUUACCUGCCAUUGUCAGCACCUCAACUUCAACGUCCGGCACCACUCCCAAGGAGGGUUUGAAAUCAGACGAGCAGGCGUAUCUCCCAAGCUGGUACCCAGACGGUCUUCGAGUGUCCUAGAAUCACGAUCAAAAUGGCUUCUCCCGGCACCUCAGACAAUGGAGAGCAGUCCUCGGCCCAGCAAGACUAUCAGUCAACGCCUCUAUCUACCAGCGCGCUGCGCACCGGCUCACCUGGACCAGACGCUAGACAGGCUUCGAUCGCACGCCUGGCUUCCCCCGUUCCUUCGGUGCCGAAUUCCUAUUCGGCUCGACCGACACCCGUGCCGAUCAACGCUGCUGCACCGAAUGGCGAGCAUGAUUAUCGCAAAGUUGACAACCCGUCCUCGCUACCAGGCCCCGGUCAGUCCAUGAUCGCGUCGGCGCUUCAAGACAGCCUCGGACGCUCGCCGCCCAGACUGGGGACCCCACCGAGACGCAUCGCAUCCCCUGCCUUGCAGCAACCUCAGCCAAUCAGAUCCAAUUAUGGCUCGUUCGAUAACAAGGCUGGCUCAGAAUAUUCGGCAGGCCCGUAUGAGGAUCCCGAGGUUAUCAAGCGGCAUUUAGUGAACCCGCAACUUGCAGUCGAGAACCGCGACAUUCAUUUCUCUGGGGAUGGCGCAAGUAACGCGGACGAUGAAUUCUCCAGCCUGCAGCUGCAGGGAGGUGACAUCACACGACAGGUAUACCGAUGGGCGGAGGAUGCGGAUACAAGCCAUCCUGCGAAGAGACACCUUCGAAGCAAGAGUUUCAGCCUUCACCGCCCCGCACCGGAGACCGAGACGAUGGACAUCAACAGUAUCCGGGUUCCAGGAGGAUUUCGACGAGACUACAUAAGGCGAGCAGCGGGUCCUCUCCCUGGAGAUGGUGAAAGUCCCGGGCCUCAGUCGAUCGCCGCUCAGCCUCAGCUUCCAACCACCAGUUUUCUGGAAUUCCUUACCCUUUACGGCCACUUCGCAGGCGAAGAGCUGGAAGAGGAUGACGAAGUCUUGGGGCCUGACGAGUACUUCUCUUCUGACACCUACGACGAAGAAUAUAGGGAGCCUGGAGAAGACUCCGCCUUGCUUCGUCCAGAAACCCCUGGCAGAAGGAAGCGAAAGCCGCGUGGAGGAACCGGGACUAAUACUCGGACCGGAGCGGCCCUUCUUCUGUUGAAGUCAUUCGUUGGCACGGGAGUCCUAUUCUUACCGAGAGCAUUCCUCAAUGGUGGUAUGCUGUUUAGCAGCCUAGUCUUGCUCGGGGUCUCAUUGCUUAGCUUCUACGCCUUCAUUCUUUUGGUGAAUGCGCGAUUGAAGGUUGACGGGUCAUUUGGUGACAUUGGUGGCGCGCUUUAUGGAAAGAACAUGCGGCGCAUUAUCCUUGCAUCCAUAGUGCUCAGCCAACUGGGAUUUGUAUCUGCAUACAUUGUGUUCACGGCUGAGAACCUGCAGGCCUUUGUCCUGGCUGUCAGCAAGUGCAAGUCCUUCAUUGACAUCAAGUUCAUGGUGUUGAUGCAAUUGGUUAUCUUUUUGCCCCUUUCGUUGGUUCGCGAUAUUAGCAAGCUUGGUUUCACGGCAUUGAUUGCGGACGUCUUCAUCUUGCUGGGCUUGAUUUACCUCUACUACUACGAUAUCUUCACCAUUUCAGACCAGGGCGGCGUUUCAGACAUCAUCUCGUUCAACCCUUCCACCUGGACGCUGUUCAUUGGGACCGCGAUCUUUACCUACGAGGGAGUCGGUCUUAUCAUCCCCAUUCAAGAAUCCAUGAAGCACCCUCAGCAAUUUCAGGGCGUCCUUGCCGGUGUCAUGGUUAUCAUUACGAUCAUCUUCCUUUCCGCAGGUGCCCUCAGUUACGCAGCAUACGGAUCUGCAACGAAGACCGUGGUCAUUCUCAACCUUCCUCAGGACGAUAAAUUCGUAAAUGCCGUUCAAUUCCUCUAUUCCCUAGCGAUCCUGCUGAGUACUCCACUGCAACUCUUCCCGGCCAUCCGUAUCAUGGAAAACGAACUGUUCACGCGCAGUGGCAAGUACAACCCUAAGAUCAAAUGGAAGAAGAAUUGCUUCCGUUUCUUCCUGGUCAUGAUUUGCGCCUUUGUCGCUUGGGGUGGAGCCGACGACCUUGACAAAUUUGUGUCUCUUGUCGGCAGCUUCGCCUGCGUUCCUUUGAUUUACGUGUACCCGCCUCUUCUGCACCUGAAAGCCUGUGCUCGUUCAAGACGUCAGCAAAUCGCUGACAUUGCCCUCUCUAUAUUCGGUGUUGUCUCUUGUAUCUAUACCACCGCUCUAACGAUGUCCAAUUGGGUGAGUGGAGGAGAAGUCAAGCCCCCUGGAUACUGCGACUCGCAGUCCGGCUAGACCAACUACCUCCUGCACCCCAUUUACCCUGUGAUGUACCCAGCAUUUUUCGUGCCAUGACACUGGUCGCUUUUGGAACACGCGUCCCCUAUUAUGUAAAUGACUGAUGCUAUGCUGCAACGUUCGUCUGCCAAGCGAAGCCAGUAUGUGAGCCCUUUUUCUACUUCUGUUUUUGUCUCUCUUUGUCUGUCUUUGGUUUCUUUUCAUUCUUUUCUUGUCAUUUUGAAUCACGUUAUCUUUUCCUCUUUUUCUUUUUAUCCUUUUUAUUAUCCUUUUCUUUUUGUUGUUUAUAGACGCUGUACUACAAAUUGGUCAACAUUCGUACUCGAUUUCUUUUCGUUCUAUAGUAUAGGAUCUUCUUUCGGAUAUCUCUUCUUUCCCUUCAGACCGUAUUCCUGUUGCCCUUGGUUUUUUUUAAUAUCAUUUCUCAUCUUAGCUAGAAGAGGAGACUAAUAUAAAAACCAUCCAAUAAAACAUUUCGAGCAUCAUC